AUGGAGCGGAACUGGCAUUUGGCCAACAUUGACCAGCGCCGGAAGGCGACGGGCGUCAACGGCCGACUCCCUGAGCUCAUGUCCGCUGGGAACGAUCGCGAUUGGAUUGUCAAACUCCUUGCUCCUCCCAUCUUCCCAAGCUCCAGGUCUGUACCCGCAUACUACCUCACUCCGACAAUCGAACGUAAACACGAAUUGGGCGCCCUCUCGGUACUCCCACCCGAGAUCAUCGCGCACAUAUUCUCUCAUCUAAAGUCCGCCGACGACGCAAUCUGCCUCGCCGUCACCCAUCGUCUCUUAGGCCACGAUGGCUUUCGUCGCGUCUGGAGAUUGCGCCGUCGAGGCUUCUCUCAUCUUGGUAGUUGGGCUGGUGAUCGUAUCAUCACCAUCGAAGACGGCGCGAGUGAUGUACCGAACAACAUACUCACGGUGGAAGAAUUGAAGGAAGUGAGGAAGGUGAGCAAGGGCAGACGUGGGCUGUAUCACUAUGUCGGCAAACACUACGGAUGGGCCAAUGCCCAGCGAGAAUGCACCUGUAUCGCGUGCGUCGAGAAUCCGGCUUUAGCGCGCGUGUUACUGGGCACGGGCGAUCACCUGCGCGUACGCCUACUUCUCAGCGACACGACCCCACAAUACGACAUGCGCGGCAACUGGGCGCUAUGCAAUCUAGAUACCAAGGAGUAUGCUCGCGCGAAGGCCAUCGCCAAAGCACGCUUUCUGUAUCAUGCAGACUACCAACGAGGCAGUUCUGUCAACGGACCCUUCGUAUCGGGCCCGGAGACAGUUCUAUAUCUCGGCUCUCUUGCCCUUAUAUUGACGACUUGGUCAAAGAGGGGUGGUAUUAGGGGUCCAUGGGCUGGCAAUCGCCUUGUUAUAUGUGAUGUUGACACACUGAAAAGUCAAAAGUGGGAAGAUAUGUCGGACUGGGGGGUCAUCUGGGGACGGGAGUAUGUGGUAGAGCAUCGUGAUAUGUAUCCAAAAUUUUCAAUGUAUUGA